AUGACGCCGUCGCCGCAUGCGUCGCAGUAUCCAGCGCCGCCAGACGGUCAGGACCCGCAUUAUACGCCCUUGUACCCCAGUACGCAGGUUCUUGAUGGCCAGCCGCCACGCGUAGCUUAUCCACAAGAGGCUGGCUUCCCGAAGCUCGACAAUAUCAACGAAGUGUUGCAGGCCCAGCAGGCCCUCCAGGCGAACCAUGCCUUGAGCGCGCCGCAGCAGAGCAAGCCGAAUCGCCUGCGCAAGGCCUGUGACUCCUGCAGCAUACGCAAAUGCGACGAGUCGGGCCCGCCAUGUCGAGCCUGCGUAGCCCUCGAGAUCCCAUGUACCUUUGAGCGUCCGAGCCGGCGACGCGGUCCACCCAAUCGACAUGCUGAAGCCAUCAAGAAGCGGCGGAUUGGUGGCGGUGACUUUGACUCUGGGGGAUCCACGCCCCAGUCACCCACCAAUGCCGCCCAUGCCCUGGCCCAGCUGCAGUCGUCGCAUGCCAGCCAACCCCAGCUGUCCGCCGAGGAGAUAUGCGCGCUGCCGACGUUGAAUGCCCUCAUCGACGACUUCUUCAGCUACAUCCAUCCGCUGUGUCCCUUUCCGCAUGAGCCCUCGUUCCGCCAGGCAUGGGCCCGGCGCGAGGACCUGACGAAUCCCUCCUUCCUCGCCCUGUUGGCCUCGAUGCUGGCCGUCCUCGUUGCCUCCUUCCCUCGUACACCUCGCCUACACCUUACUUCGCAGACGCGGCGCGAGUACCCCAACCACCUUUCGUUGGUCGACAAGUGUCGUCAUGUGUGCGCGCGGGCGCGCGGGCCCGGCUACCUCGACCGACCGACGCUCAACGUCUACGAUGCAUGUACGAGCUAUUUCCUGGGCUUGGCAGGUGCCUACAUCUUCAAGUGGCGGCAGUUGCGACUGUACUUUGCAGAGUGUCUGACCAUCAUACGCGCCUUGGGUCUGCACAAACCGGAGAGCCAGGGCUUAGCUCAGGGUGGCACGCCGGCUGCCUGGGGUGCUAAUAGGCCCAACCAGGACGGCCCAGUAGAGCCCAAGGUUGACUACAUCACCGAGGAAAUUGCGCGGCGUGUAUUUUGGACUGUGUUCGUUGGCGCAAGGACCAUCCAACAGCUGGGCGCUUCUUAUGGCGAGCUAGUAAUCGCUCCUGCAACACCUACUGAACCGCUACCUCCCUUGCCCCGGGAAGUGGAUGAUGUACACAUCUUUCCCAACGAGAUUCAGCCGCAACAAGAGGGCGUAGUCUCUAUGAUGACCGGUUUCAACAUCAACGUGCGCAUCUACUUGUCCUACUCGUCGCUAGCUACGGCAGAGAUGGCCUUUGGCAUUGACGAAAUCUUCGACUGGGAGAGACAACAGCGAAUCUUCGAGCAGAGCUUGCAGCGCUGUAGGCAGAUCUUGGUGAGCCUACCAGAGGUGCUGAAGGUACAACCGAAGACUGGCCGAGACUUUGAGCAGCAGAAGCCUUAUUAUCCGCCUAUGCCUGAGUAUUCUGAUAUGCGAAGUCCCGCAACAAACAACCCAAGCACGUCAGAAGCCCGUGAUUCGCGUCGAUACGAAAUCCAGAAAGCAAAUAUAUAUGCUAGUCACCUGGCAACACGCUCGCAUUUGGUCGAGAAAUACUUUCUUCAGUCGGAAAAGUAUCACAGGACAAACAACACUACCAACGUCCUAGCUGCAGGAAUUGACAGGUUUGUACCGGCCACAAUCGUCGAUGCUGAAGCUUUGGAAAAAGCCAUGGCCGAGGAGCGAGAACAAGUGGUCAAGGACCUUCUCGUGGUGCUGGGCAGCAUCGACAUGGUGAAUAUGGAGCCGAAUGGAGACUCAUUUGUAAGUCUAAAAGUUUACUUGCACGAUCCUGAACUCCGAUAUGCAGCUACCAAAUACUCCGUCUCAUCUACAUCAUUCGACUUGUUCGACCCCAGCGCCAUCAGCCCAAUCGCAAGCUUACGGUUCAUUCCGAUACAGACUCAAAAAAUCCGACAAAUCGCCAGUACACUGCUUGAAGUACCCAAGGAAAGGAGAGGCAGUGUUGCGCUCAAGCAUCAAGACUACCUGUACAAGUUUUUGGACAUUCUGAGUAAGUUGGAAAGGGUGAGCCCCGAGGCUAGCGAUCCCAACAACGGCGCGCUUGAUGAGGAGAGUGAGUUACGUUUGUGGGCGGAUUUGAGGGAUCACCAGUUGAGGUUUCAGGAGCAGGGAGGCGUUUACGGAUUUUCAUGA